UGAAGUGUUGGUGACUUCUAUAAUGCAGCAAAGAGCCUGUUUGUGCCAUUUGACGACAAAGGAAAAAGGAAAGAACGCCGGACACGAUGACGAAAAAGGAAACCGAUCUCUGAACCUUGGAUUAUCAAUAUCCGUUCCCUUCUUACCUUUCCUUACACGCAACUGGUAUCUUAUGGCGACAAUGGCAGGCUCUAAUGGCAUCGCAAGCCAGGACUGGGCAGGGCGUUACGACCAUAUUGACCAGAUACUCAACACGCCGGGUCCCCGUACUAGUCCCGCAUUCAUGGCAGGGGACGGGGUCAAGGACUUCCUUCGCAAUCAGGCCAAAAUCCUCGUCAUCGGUGCAGGCGGUCUGGGCUGCGAGAUUCUUGCCAAUCUUGCGCUCACAGGGUUCAAGGACAUCCAUGUCAUUGACAUGGAUACAAUUGAUAUUAGUAAUCUCAAUCGACAGUUUUUGUUUAGACCGAAAGACGUUGGGCAACCCAAAGCCACGGUGGCGGCAGAAUUCAUCAUGAAGAGGGUACCGGGAAUCAAGGUCACGCCAUACUUUGGCAAGAUACAGGAUAAAGAUGACGAAUAUUACAUGCAAUUCAAUCUCGUCAUCUGUGGCCUUGAUUCUGUCGAAGCACGGAGAUGGAUAAACGCGACACUAGUCAAUCUCGUCGACCCAGAGAACCUAGAGAGUCUGAAGCCUCUCAUUGAUGGCGGCACAGAAGGUUUCAAGGGUCAAGCCCGCGUCAUCCUGCCAACGAUUACAUCGUGUUACGAAUGCUCCCUAGAUAUGUUGAACAAACCUACUGCUUUCCCCAUCUGUACCAUCGCCAACACACCACGUCUCCCGGAACACUGCAUAGAGUGGGCAUCGGUGCUCGAAUGGCCGCGUGUGCACAGAGACAAGAAGAUGGAUACUGACGAUCCAGACCAUAUCAAUUGGCUGUACACGGUCGCGUCUGCGCGCGCGAGAGAAUUCAAAAUAGAGGGUGUGACGUGGUCACUCACCCAAGGAGUGGUCAAAAACAUCAUCCCUGCUAUUGCCUCUACCAAUGCCAUCAUUGCAGCGGCUUGCUGUAAUGAAGCCUUCAAGAUUGCCACCAGUUCUGCUGCUUUCCUGAACAACUAUUUCAUGCUCAUCGGUACCGAGGGUGUCUAUUCGUAUACGUUUGAACACGAAAAGCGAGACGACUGUCCCGUAUGUGGUGGGGAGUCUUUAGAGAUGUCCAUCGGCCCGGAGAUUACUGUUGAAGAGUUGAUCGACAUGCUGACAGAAAAGCAGGAUAUCCAGAUCAAGAAGCCUUCGUUGUCAUCUGGAUCAAUACAAAUUUAUCUUCAGGCUCCUCCUCAACUGGAAGCUAUUACCCGCCCCAAUUUGCAGAAGAAGGUAUCAGAGCUUCUCCCCACAGGAGGGGAAGUUACUGUUACUGCCAGCACAUUACCUUUUAAUCUGUCGUUAAACAUCACUUACAAGUGAUAAUUGUAUAACAUCCUGUCCUGUCAUAUUGCUGUCGCAUUGUUGUAACAAAGCAGAAAUACAAACAAAAUCUAACAUCAAGUCUCCA